UUUUGUAGUGAAGUUGGGUAAGUCUGUACGCACGCGCCUGCUGACGUUGCACAAUUCACGGCGGGCCCCUACUAGCGAACUAGAGACGUGGUUCAGACGCCGCCUGCCUCUCCCCCCGCACGCCGCGCGCCGGCACGCCGAGUUCCCCCCCUCAGCACCACACCCGUGGCCGUCGCGCCUUAGUUGCCCCGCAGCUGCCGCGCGCGUCCGUCGCAUACUCUAUGCGACCCCGCUAUCCCUCUACCGUAAUAUGGAUAUACAGCAAAUCCGCGUUCUUAUCAACAUCCAGUUUGCUUAUUUGUGGUUCUGCGAAGUCUUUGACAAAUAUAAAUGGAUUAUAUUGUAAAGUGCCACAGGAAACUAAGAGUUUUUUUAAGAUAAAAGUGUGGCUGAACGGUGCAAAUGUGAAUUUAUAUUUAUACAAGUGUAGUGAAGUAUUAACUUAUUUAUUAUUUAACAUAUCCGGAUAUAUGAGGACCCAAAACAUGGAACGUUACAAACCCAAUGCGUUACGAUGGCGUGCUUCCUACAACAGUGAUUUAAAUUUAAACUAGUGCAUAGUGGUCCUAAAGUCUGAUCUGUUAGACUGCAUUAAAUUAUUUAUUAGUUAGUGUUUAUAUCGUGUGGAUUAUGCUGAUCAAUACGUUUUUGGACACGGAGGAUUUCGUGCAUUUGUAUUACCCGGAGGAUGAGCCUGCGGCCGUGCAGGGCUGUGGAGCCGGCGCGCGCAUGGCGUCCAAAUACCCGCCGAGACCACCCUCGCCAGAAUACUCACAGGUGGUAGUGCCAUCAACAAGCGAGAUGAGUGACCGAGAACGGUACCGUGCUCCUCCUCAACCAGAGCCGCCACCACACAGAGUGCGAGCUGCUGACCUGUACCCUCGACUGCGAACACAUUAUGAUGAACCAGGCCUAGAUGCUGGGUUCACACCCAUAUGUGGGGAGUUUGUACAGUGGGUGGGCCGAACAACGGACGGCGGAACUAUCGCAAUGUCCAACUACCGUCUGCAUGUCCAACCUCGUCGGAGGAACGACCCUGGUGCGUCCAUACCACUACGUCUGAUCGACCUGCCGGAGAUCCGAGACUUGUUGCACUUGAUUGUGCUCUGCAAAAAUGGAAGACAACUCAAAUGCUCAUUCAGCACAGGGGAUCAAUGCAUAGAAUGGUGGAGGCGGCUGACAACCGCGCUCGCCCCUAUAGGAUCUGUUCAGGAGACAUUCGCCGCGGCAUAUGCGGCGUGGGCUAAAGAACAGCCGCCCACGUCGGUGCACAGAGCACUAAUGAGGGCCUCACAGUCUCCACAAAGACAUUGGUUCGGUACUGAGGUGGAGCGGUUAGGCUUCACUGCUAAGGGCGCGUGGCGGGUGACGGCAGCUAAUGCAGAGUACAAGUUGUGUCUCUCAUACCCACCUCUACUUGUAGUGCCUGCGUCCAUCUGUGAUGAAGACCUUGAUUCGGUAGCACGGUUUCGUGCAAUGCGUCGGAUACCGGCGGUGGUAUGGCGGCACCGUGGCAAUGGCGCCGUAAUCGCGCGCUCGUCGCAACCAGAAGUCGGCUGGCUCGGCUGGCGGUCCAGCGAGGAUGAACGGCUUCUAGCAGCCUUCGUCAACGCGUGCAACGCCGACCGGGGCAUGCAGCCUCCCAAUAAUAAUAAUAAGCAACUAAAACUACUAAUAGUGGACGCGCGUUCUUACGCGUCCGCGGUUACGAAUCGCGCGCGAGGCGGCGGGUGUGAAUGCCAACAAUACUACCCGGCCGCAGACAUACAGUUCAUGUGUCUACCCAACAUACAUCAUGUGAGGAGGAGCUUUCAACAGAUGAGGGCUUUGGCUGCUGAGCCGAGUGAUCAGGCCAACUGGCACAGCAACCUGGAGCGAACACUUUGGCUGCAAUACGUGUCAGGCGUGGUGCGCGCAUCCAGUGUUGUGGCUCGCGCUGUGGCCGGAGGCAGGCCAGUUCUAGUACAUUGCUCCGAUGGUUGGGACCGCACGCCGCAGAUCGUGGCUGCCGCCCAACUCAUACUGGACCCAUAUUAUAGAACUUUAGAGGGCUUUCGUAUACUGAUCGAGCGUGAAUGGCUGGACUUCGGUCACAAGUUCGCGGAUCGGUGUGGUCAUCAGUUCGGCCCCGAAGACCCCAACGAACGGUCUCCCAUCUUCCUGCAGUGGUUAGACGUCGUACAUCAGAUGAUGCUGCAAUUCCCUUGCAGCUUUGAAUUCAACGAAGCUUAUUUGAUAAAGCUAGGCACCCACGUACAUUCAUGUAUGUUCGGGACAUUCCUGUGUAACACGGGACUGGAGCGCAUCGAGUGUCGCGCGCAGGACCUCACGCCACACGUCUGGCAUCUACUGCGCGCGCCCGCUUAUAGGAACCAUCUCUACUCGCCACAUCAACUUGAUCAGCAAGCGAUAUGGCCGGAGUAUUCAGUGCGUACGAUGUGUGUGUGGAGCGGAAUGUUCUGCGAGAGUCCGCGCGACGAGCCGCGCACUGAGCACAGGCCCGACCUACCGCCGCAACCACUACCUAUUACACCACCACAUAACGGCUUGAUGACUAAGACGAGAUCAUGUGACAACUUACUGAAUGAGGCCGAGAAACGAACCACUCAGAGAAGGUCAAGUGAUCCCAGCUUAGCACCUGAUGUUAUGAAACUAUCGAUGGUGGUGGCCGGGGAGUGUGAGAACAAGCGCGAGUGUCGCGCUGCGCUCACUGACAGCUGCGUGGACGAACUGCCCGUACUACCUGUUAGCAACGAGAACGGACCUGAUACCGUGGACGGUCUUGACCCGGACCAUUUCGAAAACAGCACAAGUCUUCCACGCGACAUCGCGAGCGGCUCGUCUUCUUUAGAACGAGAACUGGACGGUGCAGCACAGCUUACUGACAAGAUAAUACCAGACCAGGUCAUAGACCAUACAGAAGAUUUGACCACAUCAGACAAUAGUCAAGUUAAUGGUACAGCUGGUAGUGUUUCUGACGCCGCGGCUAGUGUCGCUUCACCUGACAUCGACACGCCUGAGGAACCGCCCGUGUUCGUUGUUGACACUUACUCUGAUGUCAUCGGCAUGGCUGAGGCUGCAAGGGAAUCAGCUCGCACGAGAAACAUAAGCAUAACCUGGCGGUCCGUAUCGGAGUCCAGCAACCAAUCUUCCACCGGCUUCGAGAUCAACGAGGGUCGAGCAGAACCACCGGCUUCUAGGAACACUUCCCACGACUCUUCACCGCUGGACAAUCACACUACUGAGGAUAGAACCAACCACAACGUGGUCACGGAUGGCCAUACGAGAGAAAAUGGCGUAACUAACGGAACAGUGAACGGAAUCGACGAUGUUGGGACGAAGUUUCUCGAAGUUGAUCUAAAUGGAGGAGCGACAUCAAGCAGCAUUAGUUCAGAGAGUGAGGGCGAGGCACACACACAGCCACGGCGGACCGCACACACACACACACGCACCCGUGUGGCCAGCCAACUCACUCUAUGUCCUACUUCGCCGCGCCGCAUUGCUUGUUGCCACUGCUCCAGACGAGCUAGUAAUACCAGUGGGAUCGAGACAUCAGGCGAGUCAGGAGGCAGCUCAGAAGUUUGUUGGUGCGGCGUAUGUGGCGGAGCGCUAGGCGGAGCCCGAGUACGCUGUGUAUGCGGAGCCCCCGCCCCCGCCGCCGCCACGCCGGCCACACAGAGAGCAGACCCAGUCGAUGGUCUACCGCCAGCACUCGACCCAUUGCAGGCCCGACUACAUCAAAUCAUACUCUAUCAAAAGAAAGUAGUGGAGGAACUAAGCGGCCAAUUACGUGAAGCGCGCGAAGCGUUGCGCCUAUCAUCCCCACCUGCACCCGCCCCGCCCCCCGUACCACACGCCGCCACGCCCACGCAAAAAACGAGCAGUGGUAGUGGGUCGGUGCGCGGCAGUGGCAGCAGCAGCGGCAGCGCGUCCGAGGUAGAGGUCGGCGAGGAGGCGCGCGGCGUCGUGUGGCUGCCAGACAGCGCCGCGCCGCGCUGCCAGUACUGUAGGAACCACUUCUGGCUCGCCAGGCGCAGGCACCACUGCAGACGAUGCGGUGGUAUAUUCUGCGGGUCGUGCUCGGAGAUGUCGUCGUGGGGCGACUGCGGCAGCAUGCGCGUGUGCCGUCGCUGCCGUGCGCUGCGGUGACUGGGCGCCUGGUCCCGUGCCUGGCGCCCGCCGCCUGGAGUAACUGGGCGACUCGUCCCGCGCCCGGCGCCUACCGCCUGUGGCGACUGGGCGCCUGGUCCCGUGCCCGGCGUUUGCCGCCUACGGUGACUGGGCGCCCGUUCCCGCGCCUGGCGCCCGCCGCCUGCAGUGACUGGGCGCCGGCCCCGCGCCUGGCGCCCGCCGCCCGUCUCCCGCCUCUGCCGCCCGUCUGCAUACAUUAGCGUUCCUAUAACAAUACAGAAGCAAUACAAAACUAUAGUUACGACUAAACAGUUUUACAUUAAAUAACUAGUCAAGCCGCUUCGAUAACUAGCUUGUGAAACGUUUUCAAAACGCUAUUUAUCUACGAAUUAUGUAUGAGAAUUAUAAUUGAUUGUCAUCUUUAUUUUCAUUAAUAUCACCAUGACAUUAUUGUUUCAUUAUUUUUGUCCAAAUGUUAAAUGUGCUAACGACAUUUACCGACCGUAUCCGAACAGUUGAUGGAGUGACGUGUGUUGUAACAUGUGACGUGUGUUGUAACAUGUAACUGUGUUGUAACACGAAGUGCUAAUGUUGGACGAUCUAGUCUAUGGUUUGUGGUUUGGCGUUGGAUGGCAGGUCGCGGUAAUGUAGUUAGGAAAUGGUAUAGUGAAUUGUUACGCGAAGGCUGACUUUCUACGAUAAAUAUUUAAACUUUUUUCUACGACUGUUUUUUUCGGUCUGUAUAAAUAAAUUCACUAAAUGUAUUUUUUCUUUUCGAAUUAAUUUUUUCGUUAUCUUUUGUUAGUCGAGAGAGCGA